CCUGGGGGCAGUUUUGUGCUUUCACGUUUGCUGAAAUGUCUGGUCGCGGCAAGGGCGGGAAGGGCCUGGGCAAGGGAGGCGCCAAGCGCCACCGCAAGGUGCUGCGCGACAACAUCCAGGGCAUCACCAAGCCCGCCAUCCGGCGGCUGGCCCGGCGCGGCGGCGUCAAGCGCAUCUCCGGCCUCAUCUACGAGGAGACCCGCGGGGUGCUCAAGGUGUUCCUGGAGAACGUGAUCCGCGACGCCGUCACCUACACGGAGCACGCCAAGCGCAAGACGGUCACGGCCAUGGACGUGGUCUACGCGCUCAAGCGCCAGGGCCGCACCCUUUACGGCUUCGGGGGUUAAAAACCAAAGUAAACUUAGAUUCUUUUUAUCAAAAAGGCCCUUUUUAGGGCCCCCAA